AUGGGCGUUGAUCUGGACUACCUUACCCCACGGGGCCUCUUGGUGAACAAGAAUUUUGUUUGCCAGGGGCCUUCAUUUAGCAGCCUUUUUCUAGCUAUCAACAAGAUGCUUGACGUGCCGCACAGCAAAGAGACGAUGGCCCAGGAGUUCAAUUUUUCCAACGACGCAUUUGACGUGAUUCAUUCCAACGCAGGAAAGCUCAAGACAGCAUAUCGCGAUGUCGGUGAUGUCUGCGAUAGAAUCCUUGUCCUUUCGGCCUCAGCCCCAGAAGAUUACAAUAAACUAUUUGAUGAUCUGGCACGGCUGUACAAAGAUGAAUCGGACAAUGAGGCACUGCGCAAGUCUGUCAAAGAACAAAUUGAUGCACGCUUAGCUGGCAUCAACAAUGUGUCUACCAAGGCUACAGCUACAAGAGCAGUCUUGGCCACUUCCACAGAUGCCGUUACAUUAGCACAGGACCAGCUGAAGCAAGUUGGCGCGCAGCUAAACACCGAAGCCAUCUAUCGUCGACUCCUCGAAGCCUUUAUGCCUGACAUGGUAAAAAUCGCCAUGAAUAACUUUGCAAUCAACAUGAUGAGAGCAUGGAUCGGGCAAAUACAAUUGACUGACGGGACUGCUGCCUCGUUGGUCGAGCUGCAGAAAGCUGUCGGUGCCAUUGCGGAGAUUGAUAUGGAUCUUAUUUCAUUGCGCAAGUAUGUUGAGGAAAACACUACACCCGGGCCAUCUCCUAUUUUGGAUUUACAGAAGGGAAACAUACUUGAGAAGUGGGAAGACUUGGAUAAGGAAGUGAGAAAGUUCAAAUCAAACUUUAUUGAUACUGUGAGAGCUUGA